GAGAUGAAUAGAAAAGGUUGAAGAUGGCAGAAGAAGUGAAACUGAGAGAUGAAAAUGGAAAGCCUGUGAAACUGACAGAUGCAUAUGGAAAUCCUGUUUGGUUAACAGAUGAGAAAGGCAACCCAGUGCAUCUCACUGCUGUUGCAACAUAUCACAUUCCUCUUCCUACUUUCUUUGAGGAUAAAGGAUUUGAGGAUGAAGAAGGGCAUGUAAGGAAGAAGGAUAGAACAAAAGAGAAGUCUGUACCAGAAAAAGGUGAAGGAGAAAUGAAGGAAAAUUCACACAGCAAAACAUCAUUAAAAGAAAAGUUAUUAGAAGAAAAAUUAUUAGAAGAAGAAGAAGAAGAAGAAAGAGCAUUCACACAUCAAAACAUUACAAUUAGUAAUGGUAACAUGGAUGAACACAGAAGCAUAAGAAAAGGAAUAAUAGAAAUUAUCAAAGAAAGAUUGCUAGGUUAGGGCAACCACUAAAAGCUUCACCAAUUACUAUAUAUAUAUAUAUAUAUUCAUCAACUUAUUAAGUUUUUUUAAUUUUUAGAAUGUAUGAGCACAUGUAUAUAUAUAUAUUAAUAAGAGAAAAAUAUGUUAUUUCUCACAAA